AUGGGCGAGCAUAAUCUCCUUAAUCCUGGGUUUGUGGGACCUUUGGUAAACAUCCACACUGGAGAUACGUUUUACUUCCCGAAUUUUAGAGCCUCAGGGGGACAACUGGCGGGGCUACCGUCUCUCUCCUACCCAAGAAGGGACAAUGUUUGCUCCCUUCCAUGGAACCCAUCGGAGCCGUGCAAUGGAUAUCCUCAAUCGUACUUUAGCAGUCCCAUGUCCAUUAACCCCUCUUUCAACCGCUCUUGUGAAAUAGCCCGACCGGACGAGGGCAAAUGUUAUUACGGCAACAGCAGCAAUGGUAGGGAGGCUUGCACAGACGGCAGCAACCUUAAACGGGAGGAGAGAGCAAGGAACGCAUCAGUGUCGUCUGAUCACGGGAUGCACAAUGGUAUUGGCAACAGUGGUACCUUUUCCAAGUAUGACUAUGGGACGGAGCAACUGACCCAAGAUCCGCCGUCCUGCCAGUCUUUGGAGUCCGAUUCCAGUUCCUCGCUACUUAAUGAGGGAGGGAAGACCUCAGCUAACGACCCACAGACCCUUGUAUCGCCGGGGAACCACGCGAGCAGUUUAGCCUCAAGUGGAGGUGCCCCGUGGUACCCAAUGCACACCCGGACCCGCAAGAAACGAAAACCUUACUCUAAACUUCAACUGGCCGAGCUGGAGGGUGAGUUUAUGCUGAAUGAGUUCAUCACCAGGCAACGGCGGAGGGAGCUAUCCGACCGGCUCAACCUCAGCGACCAGCAAGUUAAAAUCUGGUUCCAGAACCGGCGGAUGAAGAAAAAGAGACUUAUGCUGAGAGAGCAAGCGUUGUCUUUCUUCUAG